CUGCCACGGUGACGAAGUGGCGAAACGCGUCCCGAAGUGUGUCACGUGGAGCGUUCUGUGCAUCUUUAUUGGCUGCGGCGACGCGCGGGGCACCGCACCCAGUGGCGACCCAGGGGAGGCUCGUACAUCCAUCUCAAGAUCGCCCAGCGAAGGACGACACACUAUCAACUUUCCGAGGCACAGCCGUAUCAGCAUGAGCAACCUUGAAAAGACACUCUUCCAGCUGAAGUUCACGGCUAAGACACUCAAUCGACAAGCCAAGAAGGCGCAGAAGGAUGAGAAGACGGAGAAGACUCGCCUGAAGAAGGCACUACAACAAGGCAACAACGAGGGCGCUCGCAUCUACGCUGCUAAUGCCAUCCGCAAGAAGAAUGAAUCCUUGAACCUGCUCAGACUCUCCAGCCGAAUAGAUGCUGUAGCAAGCCGUGUCGAGACUGCGGUGACCAUGCGCCAAGUCACUGGGAACAUGACGUCCGUUGUGAAGGGAAUGGACAAGGCCAUGGAGAGCAUGAACCUCGAGAGAAUUUCCCUCGUCAUGGACAAAUUCGAAUCGCAAUUCGCAGACCUGGACGUGCAGACCUCAUACAUGGAGGAAACUAUGUCCAACACGACGGCUGUAUCCAUGCCACAGGAUGAAGUGGAAGCUCUGAUGAAGCAGACAGCUGAGGAGGCAGAUAUCGAACUCCAGCACGACCUCGCAUCGAAAGAUCUCGCACCAGCCGCCGAGAUUAAGGACAAGGAGGUGAUUGGAGAGGAGGACGACCAGCUCGCCGCCAGGCUCCGCGCUCUGAGGCCGGCGACAUGAUAACACUGCAGGGUACACGCCCAGCGUGCCUUGGUUGAUACUGGUGCUGUAUUGUAUGAGAUGUAACGAUAUUCCGAAGGGUAGAUAGCAUACGGCAACAUUGCAAACAGGCAUGACUCGUGAGGUCCCAGGGAGACGUGAAGAAGGCGUGUAUUAUAUGACCUAUUGUUGGAGUGAGUGUCGAUGAGCGGUCGUCAAAUGGUAUCAAAUGGAGGCGAACGAAAUAGAA